AUGGCCGCCGAACGCACAAACGUUUCUAACGACCUCAUCUGGCAGCUCACCCGUAACCAGAAUGCCUAUCUGGUUCGCCGCAACGCCGGCGGUGGCUCCCAGCUGUCCCGCGACCCCUUGAACUUGGUGAACAAGCAUUCCUUCAAGUAUGCUGGUUAUACCAACAACAAGGCCAUUGGUGUCCACGGUAACGAGGAAGGUGGUGUCACUGUGAUCACCAAGAAGCCCGGAAGCUCUCAGCAGCCUGCCAAGGCUGAGGUUAAAGUCAACUACGGUCCUAAGACUGCCACUCGCAAGAUCUACAAGGGUGUCGCUGAUCUGACCGCUAAGAACGGUUACCGCGCGGAUCUCCGCGAGGAGGCCGUUGCCCGUGUGAGCGCCAUUCGCCGCUCGCAGAAGCCCAAGAAGGAGACUCCCGCACCAAAGCUCCGCGGCGCCAAGGCCCGCAAGGCUGAGCAGGAGGAGUAA